GUCCCCUCAAUGGUGGGCGUGAUCGAGACCGCCGUGGCGGACGUCGUUCACAAGACGGUCGAGGCACGUCCUCCAGCUACGGCAUCUGAGAUGGACAAGAAAGUUGCUGCCCAACGUACUCUUCUGGCGAAGGCGGUGGAGACGGCGACCAAGAAGAAGCGCGUGGCGCAGGGCGAGGUCAAGAAGGCUGUAGAGGACGAGGACGGCUUCAACGAAGCGGAAGCGGCCGGCGUGGCCUCCGGGGUCGGUCGCGGCGGCGGCCACGCGGGGGUCGGGGCGCAGGCGCUGCAGGCCCGCGACGACCGCAGCGCCAACGCGCCGCCGAGGAGCCUCCCCCGGCAGCCGCGGCGCCUGGCGCACCCCCACCAGUGCCCACCCGUGCCUGGCCUCGCCGACCUCGGAGGCCUCGACUGGCAGCGGGUCCAGGACAGCCUCCACGAGGUCGAGGAGGCGGGUCUCGAGAAGCUCGUGCGGCGCUCCAGCCUCUCGGACGCCCAAUGGCAGGGGACGCGGAGCGUCGCCAUCUCACAGCGCGCCGAGGACGGGCUGGACAUGCCCGAUGCUGGCGGCGAUGCUGGCGACGCUCAUCUUCCUGAGACCGAGCUUGGAGAGCCCAUGGAAG